CCGCCGAUCCGAGUUCGAUGACCGCCCAAAUGGAGGGAAAAUGGUUCAAAAGGGGCAUCUCCCUAAAUUCUCACAUUGGUCUGAUCUGUCAACAUUCCCAGAGUCAAUCUAAUUCAUUACCACGGUGGCUCCCAACCCCGCAAAUGGGACCCCACUCUCUCUCUCUCUUGCGCUCUCUUCGGGCGAAGGGAGACCAAGCGAUUCGAGACCAUGCGAAGCUUCUCCCCUUCCCCCGACUGGUGGUGGCACAGCUAGUAAGUACGGAGUAGUAGUUGGUUUAAGGCGAUCGCUACACGUUGCUUUCCUUUUCUUUAUUAUAAACCCUCUCUCUCCCUCUUGUCUUUCUCUCCUUUCUCUCAUCCAGUUUAUGUACGUAUCAGUUUACUCACCGCCAACGAGGAAAUCUUCCGCAGUAAAUACAGAAAUUAAAGAACCAAUUUACUCCGAACGCUCGUUACACGUCAGAGCUCUCCUCUUCCCUACGGCCAAUCUGACCUUACGAAAUACCGUCAGUCGCAAUGGUUGACCUCAUCUCCCCUCCUGAUCCUCGCACCCUACUCCCGCCUCUACUGGCUUGUCUCCCUACGGCUUUUGUAUCGCCAUUGCCCCCGCCUGCACUUUUGCCUCUCCUAUCGCCCGUGCUACGCCAGCGUGUUCAGGUUCUGAGUUCCCUCGCCGCUUCUCCGAGCGAAUCAUGGCUGCGACUACUUUGUUGGGACUCCGGAAAAGCUGAGCGUCUUCAAACGGUGGUGAAUGAGAGCAGCUUUGAACCACACCCAGUGUCGGGCGAGAUUGAACUACCCGAUGAGGUUCCCGUGGAAUAUAAGCGCGUGGAUGAGGAGACACUACAGUCCCGCGUUUUGCUCUCGGACUAUCGUUUAAAGGCUAUCUAUCUGUGGUGUCCCAACGACAAGGAUGGUGGCGGACCCGGGUGGCGAGUCGCAGAACUUUUGCCCUACGAAAGCAGUAGGGCAGAUGGUGAUGUCUGGUCGGCAUCGAUAGGGGAAGCCAAUUCACACUCCAAGGAACGGUUGAUGGAGGAUGCUUUAAGAGCGGCGGAGAAGGAGGAGGAAGCUGCUAAAGACCAGGAAGAUGACGACGACGAUUACUGGGCUCAGUAUGACGCUACACCGGGGAGGACCCCAUCGGUGAAACCCCCCGCUCCUAAUGGGCGAUCUGCCCUUCAGCACCAGGACAUGUCUGAAGCGUCCUACUUCUCGCGAUAUGCCGAUGUGCAGCCGGCGAUGGACAACCAUGAUCCAUCGGAAGAACAACCAGAACUCGGUCCAUCUUCCCUGGGCGGAGAUUUGCUAGCCAAUCUCCUCAAACCUCAUGCUGAUACUCAAGCAUCUGAGAACUCACUGCACCUCAAUGGUCAUGGAGACGCUGAUAGUGCACUGAACCAUCCACGACCAUCAUCUGCCUCGUCUAACAGCUCGGAGACUGUUGCCAAGCUCGAGUUGGAGGCCGAAAAUCAGUCAGCAUGCGAGGUAGGCGUCAAGCAGCAUAUUGGCUCUAACAUCAAGAGUCUGUUCCGGCUCGCUAGAGCCACAGGGAUCACACGCGCCGAGUUUCAGUCGCUCGUCAGAACAGAGCUUGAGUUGUUGAAUAUGUCCGAUGAUGAUUAGUUUUGGCCGUCUAUGAGGCGCUUUGUUUUAUGGAAAUCCGCAGGGUCGAUUUGUACAUAAUGUUUCAUUCGGUCAUGAUGAUGUUUGAGCGUUGGAGUGCGAUUAUUAUGUUGCAUUGGAUAUCCCACCGUUGUGAUUUUUUUUUUCCA